UUUCCUCAACAGUUCCUUCUUCAUCAACCUCGCAUCCUUUUUCAAAACAGAAAAGAAAACCUCGCAUCCUUUCAAAUAGAAAACACAGAAAUGCUUUUUUUUUGAAAAAGUUCUCUUUUGUGUAAUUAACGUUACUCCUUAUGAAUCGGGUUGCCUCAGUUUUUCCAUAAUAACAUUUCGACAGAAAAGAAAAAAAAAAGAAACUGAAGAAUCCCUUUCAUUUGCUCUCUUUUGAAACUGCUUUUCUCUCUCUCUCUCUAUAAUGACUUUCCUUCUCUCCCACGUUUGCUUUUAAAUUCAUUUCCCCAAGAGGGUAUCUAAAUUUUGGAUGUUAUUGCCGAGUCUUUUCCGGUAAACGUUGUUGGGUAUUGAAAUUUGGGCAGUUUUUCUCUCUUUUACUAACAAUCUCUCUGCAAUUUCAUGGAAACAUGAAGUUUUCCGGUUGUUUGCCAUUGCUUGCAGAGCAAAAAAGUAGGAAUUCCUGUCUUUGUAGCUUUCUUCCAACUGCUUCUUUGCUUUGUCUUGCAUUGUUUGUGGGGAGUGUAUAUGUAGCACCCGACUAUAGGGAGAAAAUAUCUAGAUGGGGAAUAGAUGGUUUAGUCGGUUCAAAGUUCAAUAAAUGUGAGAAACAAUGUAGGCCAAAUGGAAGUGAGCCACUACCUAAAGACAUUGUUGUCACUGCAUCUAACUUGGAAAUGCGACCGCUGUGGGGUGCAUCAAAGCGUUCUUAUCAGAAUCCCGUUAACUCAUCAAGUAACAUAUUCGCCAUGGCCGUUGGGAUUAAACAAAAAGAUCUUGUGAAUAAAAUGGUGACAAAGUUUCUUUCUAGUGACUUUGCUGUGAUGCUUUUCCAUUAUGAUGGUAUCGUGGAUGAGUGGAAGGGUUUCAAUUGGAGUAACAGGGUAAUACAUGUAACUGCAGUCAAUCAAACUAAGUGGUGGUUUGCAAAGCGCUUCUUACAUCCUGAUAUUGUAGAAGAAUAUAAUUAUGUCUUUCUUUGGGAUGAGGACCUUGGAGUUGACAAUUUCAAUCCAAAACUGUAUGUAGAUAUUAUUCAAAGUGAAGGUUUAGAGAUUUCACAACCUGCACUUGAUCCAUACAAAUCAGAGGUACACCAUCAAAUUACUGCACGUGGUAGGCGAUCAACAGUCCACAGGAGAACUUUUAGACCUAGUAAUGGUGGAAAAGGUUGUGAUGUCAACAGUACCGCCCCUCCAUGCACUGGAUGGAUAGAAAUGAUGGCCCCUGUUUUUUCCCGAGCUGCAUGGCGUUGUGUUUGGUAUAUGAUCCAGAAUGAUUUGAUCCAUGCUUGGGGCUUGGAUAUGCAACUGGGAUAUUGUGCACAGGGUGAUCGAACAAAGAAUGUGGGUGUCGUUGACUCUGAGUACGUAAUCCAUUACGGAAGGCCUACACUAGGUGGUCCAGAAGAAAAUGAGACAUCUUCCAAAUCUCAUGUUAAGGAUCAUAGAGCUGAUGCUACAGGACCUUGCACUGCAUUGAAGACAGUGGAAUCAAUGGCGGGGGUUGUCAGACUACUUAUAGCACUGGUAAGAAGACAGUCCUAUAUUGAACUAGAUGUAUUUAGAAAAAGAUGGCAGAAGGCUGCUGAGCAAGAUGAGUGCUGGCAAGAUCCUUACCCAGAGACAGUGGAGGGUAAAACUUCAUAAGAUCAUCGCACCACGAAUUCGGACGAUUUUAUUACAUUAUACAUCAUCAUUGAAGUUGAGAAUGGGGCAACUUCCACGCCCAUUGCUAUUCAAGGACGAGGAGGAGAGAAUGAUUUUAUAUCAGCAAUGUGUACAACGAAUAUCUUUACAUGAAAUCGGGUACGGAUUCUGAUCUUAUCGUGUUCUGUAUUUAAAAUGCUGUAAAGUUUCAACUUGUUGUGUUGAAAUGUGUCUUAAGUGUUACUGGGGUAUAGAGUUGUAUUGGGAAAGAAAACUGAAAACAAGAAAAGAAAACACCCUUUGUUUAUAAACAACAUUGUGAAGUGCAUUCAAUUUCAAACAUCUACUGUCAAAGAACUGGGGUGCCUUAAAGGAAGGUACAAGAUGACCUCCUCUGACGUCGUGCAAGUAAAUUUCUGCCAUGAUUUCAAGGGUUAACCGAAUACCUGUUAGAAACUUUGUUUUCUUUCCUGUUCUAACAUGUACAUCCUUGUGUGGGUGAGCAUGUAUGGUACCUUUUUGACUUUGUUUAAAGAGUUUUUAGUGUUAUUAUUAUCAUUUUUUUUGGAGAAGUUUGUAAGGCUUAUUGUAAGUUAGGAGAAGCUAUAAGGAACUUUUAGGUGGACACCUUUUUUCCUAUCUUUUAUCUUUUAUACACAUUUAGACCUUAGCU